AUGCUUCUACAUGGAAUUUUAUGGGCAGCUUGGAAUGAUGAUUAUUUAAAAUGGACGCCUUCAGAACACAAUAAUACUUUUGUUAUUUCUAUGGAAGCUUGGAAAAUUUGGCAACCAACAUUUGCUCUAUACAAUUCCGCAAGAAGUAAUAGCUGGUUUGUCUACAUGAGUGGGGUUCCUGCAACUGUUUCAAAUGAUGGGCGUGUAUUUGCAGCAGGAGCUUUUUCUUUCCAAGUUACUUGCCAAUUUAAUUUUGCUGCUUAUCCAUAUGAUAUUCAAGAAUGUCCAAUUGUUCUGGCUGAUUGGCAGUAUGAUGCAUCUAAAGUCAAUUUAUCUGAAGCUGUCAGUGCUCGUUCUGGUCUAAACAGUUUAGCAAAACCAGCAAUUCGUCUAAGCUUUGAUCCGUUAUCUGAAAAUGUCAAAAAACAUGUUGCUGGAUGGGAAAUAAUUGACACAUGGCAAAGACUUUGUUAUUGGGGACCUACUGGUUAUUGUGUUGAUUCGUCUCCUAUUGGACCUCUGGAUAAUUAUUGGUCCUUAAUGGAAUUUGGAAUUCGAAUCAAAAGGCAUGCUCCAUAUUACGGACUUACUUUAGUUCUUCCAAUUAUUAUAACAAUACUUCUCACACUUUUUGUUUUUUGGUUGGAUAGUUUACCUAUGGCUAUUUUUCUUUGUAUUUUUAAUUUAUUCUUGGAAUCAGUUUGUGGUAUAUUUAUUUUUUUAUUAAAUUUUUUUUUGUUUUUAUGUCUCAAUUUGCUACAACAAAUACCUCCCGGUGAUGGUGUUAUGCCAACAAUUGGAACUGUUUAUUGUUGGAAUUUGAUGUUAACUUUAUUUGCACUAUGUUUACAUUGUAUUUUUCAUUUUUUGAUUACAAUAUUGUUACCGGAUACAAAAUGUUUGCCGGAACAGGUUUUUUUCUCUUAGUUUUUCUUUAUUUUUCUCCAAAAAUAUUUUUAAAUAGCUUUUUAUUGGAUCCCAACAAGGGUUGUAUCAGGUGGGCUAGAGCCUCC